AUGGCCUCGCGCCGAAAGGGAUUGGAACUCUCGACCAAUAGCACAGCGCUGGCAGCCACACUCCCCCUCGAAAUCAUGGCGAUGAUCUUCGCCUUCGCUUUGCCCACAGUCAUGGAUUUUAAAGGCCGCGCAGCUUUCCUCGUCAUUCGUCAAGUUUGUCGCUCCUGGCGCUCCGCCUGUUUCAACAUCCCUGAGCUUUGGACGUCGCUCUCCGUCGAGACCUCCGACCCUACCGCCCUCUACCGCGACCUACAAUGCCUCAUUCCCCUUGAAAAACUCGGGAGCAAGAUUAUAUCUUGGUUCAGCCACUCUGGGAGCUCGCGUCCUCUGUCGCUUCGUAUCAGCACGGUGUACCAUUGCCACGAAGAGGGUCUUGUGAUUGCCCCUCAUAAAUGUUUCUGUGACCUUAGAUGUGACCGGACCAGCUUCCCACCACACAAAGGCUCGCUUGCUGGCAUUGAAGCUGCUCUAAAUGCAUACGCGUCCCGUAUUGAGUCCCUCGAUUUCAACCUGUGCGAGUUUGCCUUCUACGGGAUGAUGCGCCACCUCCAGCUCGACAAGUUCACCAUCCUCCGCUCAUUCAGAGGUCCCCCGAAGCUCCUCACUUCUGAGAAAUUCAACGAACAGAUUAAAGGAGAAAAAGAACAACGACAACUGGAACUCGCACUCGCCAAUCUGCGCAACAUCCCCUCUCUCCAAAAACUGACAGUCCCAUCCCUGAAACCAUGGCUCACCGACGAUCGAAUCCUCACGUCGUCCCUUACCGAGCUCGAGCUGAAGAACAUGGAGGUGCUACUUCCCGCUGACAUCGCCUUGAUCAACAAGAUGGAGUCACUGCGAACGCUCUUCAUCAGGUUCCAUGACGCUUUCAGUCACGGUGACACCGCCGACGAAAACAGUGAUCCGGACACGGCUGGCAUCCAUUUGGAGAGGAUCACCACGCUCCGCCUGCACUCCAGACUGGAGACUCUCGGAAUUUCGCUCCAAGAGCCGCACCUCAGGUGUCCCUCCAUGAGGUCGCUUCAUCUUCACAUUGGCGGACGGUACUGUGUAUUUGGUUUUGAAAGCCCUUACCUGGAUAAGGUGGUUUAUGAGGCAUUAGUCGAGUAUCUGGAACAGCUCGACUCUCCGUUGGAAGAGCUCAUCAUCUCUGGAUACGGCUCGUACGGUGUCUCCCAACACCUCCGUCAGUCCAACGUCCUUGCUGGCAUCCGUUCUGUGACCUUGGAGGCAUGCACCUGCAACUGGUGUUGA